UCGCUGUCUUCCUCUGAGCAGGGGAGUCUAUUUACCUCCGAACAUCCCACUCGCACACACCACACACACACACGCACACACACUCACACACCGGCGGAUUCCCAUACACGGAAGUCUCUUUCAACCAGCUGAUUGGAUUUCAAUUCGUGUUUCAUUUUCCGGUCUCUGUUGUAACACGGGAGCCCAGAAGAACUGACACGUUCAAACCACCGACUUUAUAAAAGAAAGGCUCACCAUUUUAUACCUCAAUGGCCUUUAUCAUGGCUAGCUCUCGAUGUUCAAGUGGCACCAUAUCUUUCCUACCUCAACUGUGCACUCAACAUUUGGCCACAAAUUGCUAAAGGUAAUAUUCUGGACAGUUAAAUCUGGAGAACGACAGUCACAGCACCCUACCCCCUCCCAGACGAAGACCGGGACGGCCGUAAACGUCAAAUUUUUAAAGCUCGACUGUGAAAAUCAGAAGAUUCCAAAAAUGGAUAGUCAGAAUAAAACACCGCGGAUAUAGCAACCAUUUCUGAACGACAUCCAUUAUUUUCUGGAGCAGUACGGCUUACUAACCACAAUCAUAGUGCCAGUCCCUGUCACACAUCGUGAAGUCUAUAAACUACUUUCAGACGGCUGCGUCAUGAAAUCCAGCUCACGCGCUCAUUUACUGAGCAUGGCUCUGGUAAUAACCUUGCUCACCAGAGUCAAGGUCUUGGGACAAGACUCAGAGUUGGCCAAACGCGCAUCCAGUCUAAAGGACUUACAGUAUGUGGUGGGGCCGAAGUACAAUCUUCUCGUGGCGACAUACUGGAGGCAUAUGCUCCUACCUUGUCGUACCCUAGAGGCAAAGCUGGACGAGGAUUUGCAGAGUGGACUCUUAAAGGAGUUUUGUUCUUUUCUGAUCCAGUGUCCAUCACAGUAUCCGACACAGUCAUGUAUGGUUCAGAACACCGCCAGAGCUUUGCGCCGGGCAUGUUGUCAAGUUGUAUCAACGAACGAGUCACUUCGCCAGCCCAACUCUCUGAACAAUGUGGGCAGUGAACCACGGGCUCCACCUCUUGUCAAUGAAGUUCCCAUAAAACUUGAUCUGAAAGCACAACGUGCCUGCGCUUACGGCAAAGUGUCCCUCAGCUCACGCAUCUAUGGUGGAAACAGUAUAGAACCGGGAGAGUUUCCUUGGAUCAUAAUGUUGGUACGAAACGACACAUUCAUCUGUGGGGGCUCCAUAGUGGAUGCCACCCACAUCAUUACAGCAGCACACUGUUUUAAGGGGUAUAAUCCUGCAAUACAUCGCUUCAGGGUAAUGGCAGGAAAGUAUUCCUCGAAUGUCCAGGAAACAGAGGAACAUCAGCAAACGAGAGAUGUGACUUCGUUCGUCAAACACGAGCUCUACUCGGUCCGCCUUAAGUGGAACGAUAUCGCCGUAGUUGAAGUAAGUUCUCCAUUCAUCUGGACCGACUACGUCCUACCAGCAUGUCUGCCUGGACCUAAUGACGUCAUGGCCAAAGUAUGUACGGUUGCCGGCUGGGGCAGAAAAGAGGAUGGCACCUACCCGCCUACUAUGAGGAAAGUGUCUCUGUACACCUACAGUCGCGACAAAUGUUUGACCACCUUCAAAGAUACCGCUCGGGGUCCUCUCAUCAGCUAUCUGCAUCGUGGCACUGUGUGCGCAGCCAAUGGUUUGAAUGGAGGCAGGGAUUCUUGUCGUACCACCUUGCUCACCCAUUGA